AUGACCUUGCCGGAUGACAACCAGAUUCAUGGAGUUGAUGAUGCUGAAGUGGGUAUUACGGAUCUCAGUAACGGACCCGGAUAUCCAUGGUCCUCGCAAGCUGCUGAUCCUCAAGACCAGCAUGUCAGAAAUUUCACUCCUGUUAGCCAUUCAGCAGAUUUGGUCACUGGUCCAAGUCAAUCCUCCGAAACUGUAGGCUAUGUGCCUUCACCCCAAGAGCAGACUAGGAACGUUUACGCACCUGCUGCUUCAUUCUCAGGUUACUUGGGAAUUCUACCGCCGGGCAUCAUUCAGAUUCAGCCACGUCUGCCCUCACUCACGGACCUCGGAUUCAGCAGAGCAUCUUCCGAGAAUGCAAAUGCGCCAUAUUCCGGUCCUUCUCAUCGAGCGAUGAACGACCAUUCAGCCACACCUCACUUCUCUCUCACUGGGCCUUCAUCUCUCCUGCCAACAAAUUACAGAAAUGAACACAGAGUCAGCACAAGUGAGGACAUGAGUAUUCAGCUACCGCCCCCAGGAAGCAAUACGCCCUUUUGGACCCCUCAUGAACUCGCCACAAGCAGACACAAUGCUGCCUCCCACCAGAGAUCCACCCAUACUUCAGUCAAACAGGAGGACAAGACGCUACUAUCUCCAAAACCAGCACUCGCAAAAGAACAGACAGUAUUCACCCCCAUAUGCGAGUUCUCACAACCUUGCAGAAUGGGUCCCAGUCCUGACGGGGUACACUUUCGCAAAGUGGUCUCGCACCUCUUCGGGCGUAACAAAGCAUCAACAAAGCUGUUCCCCGAGAGUGUUUGGGUUUUUUACUGUAGAAAACAUUACCAGCGCGCGCGGUACAGAGCUGAGCAGUGGCCUUUUAACCAGUGCGAGCUGCUUCUACAGUCUCUUGACAGAAUGGAGCGAUGGGGUUAUGUGCGCAGCUUCGAACUUCGGCUUCGUCGGCGGGAAGCAAUGCGAGCCGACGGCCAGGCUGACAGACCCGGGCCAAGCGGAUUGCUUGGAAGCGGCCGUCGUCAUCCGACUGCAUUUACUGCCCCUGUCCCUAAUUGGCUACAGCAGGAGGUUGGCAGUGGAAAGACCUUCGAUGAUAUUCGCAACAUUGUGGAGCGGAUCCGGCAGGACCUGGCGAAUGCGCGACAACAAAAGAUCAACAACAAGCAGUCAAAGGAGGAGACAGGUGACAGUGUUGCUCUCUCAGAUGAAAACAGACAUGUCUCUUUGUCUACGGCCUAUCGUGAGCGCCAAAGCUUUGCUCGCUUCCCAGACAUAGAGAUUCUCCCGACCUUUCACCCGAGCGUGCAAGCCCAGCGACGGCCCCUAAACAGACGCGGCAACAAAACUGGGGGCGAGGAACAUUCCGACAGUGAUCCCAGUGAGGAUCGUGGGUUCGAGCCAAGGUCUCGCCGUCGACAGGCCCCCCGUCCGAGAGGAUUGAAUCGAGUGUCUGCAAGAGGCGCCGUGCGCAAACCAAAGCCCGAAGGCCCCGCAGACAAACAAAAAUUCGGCAAAAGAAAGUAA